GAAAGGCAAACUGUGUCGGAAAAAAGUAUCGCUGCGGCUGCGGCUGCGCCACGCUGCAAGCUGCAUACUUGGGUUUGAAGUUUGAAGUGAGAUGAGAGUUUUAAACCUAAAAGGAGAGUUUUAAACCUAAAAGACGCCAGUUCAUGCAAAGUUCAUGUUUUUAAAGAUUUCCUCCGAUCAGGGUCGCUCGAGCUUAUCCAACCAUGUUAAAAGUUAAAAUCCUUUGCGGAAGUUAAGUUCGGCUUAAAAACCCUAGAUUAUGAAAUUUAGCAGCUCCAACCGCUUAAUAUCCAGGUUGCGAUUCAUAGAAAGGGCCCAAUAUGCCGCCGUUCAAUCUUAACCAUCACGCUCCCGCAAGAUGACUAUGUUGCAUUUUAUAGAGUGCUUGGUCCGGCUGCAUCAACAUAGAAUGGUAGUCAUUCUGCCUCUCAAAUGUCAAAAGAAUGAUGGCCUUUGUUGCAGGGCACGGGCAAGCGUUUGAGAAAGCAAGUUUUGAGGCGCUUGAGUUUUAAUAUCCAGCGAUCUGCAUCCACAAGCUCGCGCAGUCAGAGAGAAGGACAGAACUAAGCAAGAAAAGCGGUAACUUGAUGUGUGGGACCCAAACUGUUUUGUUGCUGCACAGCCAUUUGAAAGUGAGAAGUCUACUUUGCGCCUGCUUGCUGCUUCAGGUUACUUCCGUGCGUUGCCUACAUAUCCUGAAGAAGCACACGAAGUCCAGACGACCAAGUUCAUGGAGGGAAAGAGCCCGCCGACAUUGUUUAAAGACCAUGUGACCAGCUGUGGCUUUUGAAUCGCUCUGGAAAAGGUCCGGCGUAUGGGGCCGGCAUCAGAGAAGGAAUGUUGGUGGUUCAUCACACUGGCAUGUGUUUUUGCAUGCGCUUCACGUCUUGGUCGACACAUGCAGAACACUUUGGUGAUGAGAUUGAUGUUUUCUGAAUGAGCGGCCAAAGCCAGCAACUGAAGAUCAGAUCCAUGUUGCGUCGCAGUCCUGAAAAAUUGUACAUCCAAACGUUACAUGGCCCUUCCAUUCACGGCGAGGUGAUCACCCGAACCAUCGAAGAAGCAACGUACCAAGUGAAGGAAUUUCGAAAAACCCUGGAAGCAAAGGCCACACCGAAGGAGCGGCAAGCAGAGUUUGAACGUUUGGCCCGGAAGGAGUCGGAUUGUGGCUCAGCUCGUGAAGGUGGAUCUUUAGGCAAGUUCGGCCGUGGGCAAAUGCAGAAGCCCUUCGAGGAUGCCGCCUUUGCUCUGGAAGUGAAUGAAUUGAGUCACGUGGUGAACACCGACAGCGGGGUUCAUAUCAUCCUGAGGCUUGAAUAAGCAGGAUGGACACGCAAGCCAACGCUCUGACUGGUGGUCCAGAUAUGUCGCGAUGCCGCAACACGGCAGGGCGUUUCAUAGGCGCAUGUACAAAGACAGGCUUUUAAAUGACAGGCGGAUCUCCAAUUUACAGGCGGUGGAGAUGUGGGGAGAGAAGAAUGAUGAAUG